AUGGCACCCCGCGCCCUCUACACAGCAACCCGCUCCCUGCGCGCUUCCACCCGCAUCCCCACCUCGCGCACACCAAUCACCACGCUCACCACGCGCCGCACCUUCCUCAGCACACCCACGCUGCGCAUCAAAGAAGACGCAGCGCGCACCCCCGAACAAGUCGAAGCCGCGAAGCAGGAACAGCUCCAGGAGCAGGAAAAGGGACAGGGCAGAUGGCGCGAGGACCUUGCUAGUCAUGGCGAGAGCAACAUUGCGGCGGAUAGACAGCAGGUUAGUGAUCAUGAGGAGCAUAUGAAGGAGCUGCAGCGGGAGGGGAAGGAGAAGGGGGAGAAGGGGGAGAUGUAG